ACCAACUUUGCACAUCUCUUGAAUGAACUGAAACAUAUUAAUAUAAAUUAUGAACACUUAUAUCUCACCUUGCAGAACCCAAAAUUAUGAGGGGUAGAAUAAGCAAUGGAUACCACUCUCGAUCAACAGAUACUCCAAGAAGCAAUCCAAUCAACAGGCCGUGGAAGGUACAAACACCCGAUUCAAUCAGACUGUACUCUUGUUUGACGGCAAACGCUGUGGCAAUAGCCGCCAGGAGGCAGAUCGUCCCACAAAGUGCAACCCAGGGAUCCCCGAAGAAGAGCGCAAUAAGUAUCAAAAGUCCACUGUAUGGGUUAUUCACAAAAACUGGUUGUCCCACCGCACGAAGUAUCCAAUUUGGAAUCGCUAAAGUCCAAUGUUUUGUGUGUAGAAAUUCGUUAACUCCUGCAGCGUCGGAGCUGAUGUAUUUCGCAAGGAAAGUCCAAACGGAGUUCUUCCGCUGUAACUUUGACUUUUCGCUCUGCAUUAUUAAGAAGUUUGGCAACAAGUGAGCAACGAUCGGUAUAUCACGCAGUUUGAUUAAUAACCCCUGUAUUGACGAUCGGCCAAAUACACAUUUGCUCAUAAAUGAGGAAUAUUUGAUUUUAGACUUAGAUUGAACUUUAACUAUUUAUUGUUACUUAGAUGCUAGCCUAAGUUUACAAUUUAUACUUUUCCGAGUAAAUGGUAUUACGUAAGUGCUGUUGAUUUAUCGAAUCGUUUCAAUGUCAACCCUGCUCAAGGGCCGGGUACUGUUAA